AAUAUUCUGUAGUUGUCUAUGGGUUUUUCCUUUCCAUGUACGUAAUUAGUAAUUGUAAUUUAUAAAAAAUGCGGUUUUCAAAAUAUUUAUACAACCGUGUAGCGGAGCUCACUAAAAAAUAUUCUAAUUUACCUGAAGAAUACAUAAAAAGAAGCAUGGAAAGAGUUUACUGGCGCACUCCGAGGGGCCUGCCGCAGUAUCAGAGACGGGAAGUUGCGAAGAGAAAGUUUGUGUUUACGGUCGACCGUCCCUGGACGCAAGAGUUUAAAAUGGCCAAUCCCGACGGCGUAUCGAAACCCAAAGUGUUUGUCGAACCCAUCAAGGACUGGAGCUUCUUCCGUGGUGACAGGGUGGAGCUGCUGGCGGGGCCCGACAAGGGCAAGCAGGGCAUCGUGUGCCAGGUGGUGCAGGAGCGCAACUGGGUGCUCGUCGAGGGGCUCAACUGCACCCACCGCAUGCUCGGCAAGAGGAGGGGCUUCCCCGGGGUGUGCGUCAAGUCGGAGCAGCCGCUGCUGGUCACCUCGCAGGUGGCGCUGGUCGACCCGGCCGACCUGCAGUCCACCAAGAUAGAGUGGAGGUACACGGAAUCAGGCGAAAAGGUCCGUGUGUCAGCGAGGACUGGUCGCAUCAUUCCGAUCCCAGCGCUCGCCGAAGAAACGUACGAUUACAAGACUAGAGCCACUUACAAAGAAUCUGUGAAGGACACACGUGCAUCAGAAAUUUCACAAAUUACAUUUGAGCCAAAACUAAGAACUUUUGAAAUGGACAUAAUGGAGGCGAUGGGCAUCAAAGAGGAAAGAGUCCCUGCCAAGUCGUACUGGUAUUAGGAGCAACUGAAUAGAAUAGUAACUUUGUAUUGUAUAUUAAAUGUUUGUACAUACUGUUUUUUUUUUUUGAAGAGAGGCAUAAUAAUGAUACUGUAAAGAAAA